UAUCAGUUAGAGUUGAAUUGAUAAAUUAAGAAAUUUGGGAAUUUUGAAAUUAAAAUUUUGCCGCUUGCAACUAUGGAUACAAUGCACAUGUAGCAAUCCCAUUGCCUACAUUGACUUUGUUUACCAUUAGACUGAAAACUUCAUUUAAACCGGUUUUGGCUGUUGGAGCUAAACCUUCAUGUUAACUUAGCUAUUUUUGAUGGUUUAAUUAAAUUUAAUUGUUAAUUGUUGUUUGUGAUUUCAUACAAUGGAUGGUUAUGGGUCUGAUGACAUUGCAGCCGAUAAAUCUCGCAAUUACACUAGCUUCGGUUUAGAGUCAAUUAAGCUUUUUGCUUCAACUGUUCACUCACCAAAUGCUAUUGAGGCCAAAGUAUUGGCUCAGCUGUCUGAAGAUACAAGUUAUCGUCUCCGUGAAUUAAUUGCCUCUUCAUUCCAAUAUACUAGGCAUUCUAAAAGAUUCAAAUUGACCUGUGAUGAUGUGAAUAGAGCCUUGAAAGCAUCUGAUUCUCAAGCUAUCUAUGGUUUCAGCGGAUCAGAGUCUUCUAAAGAAAUUCAUGUUCCUGAAGCUGGGGUAUUUGUGACUGAAGAUAAACCAGUUGAUCUUGUCAAAAUUUCAGAAUCGAUCAUAAACAAAUCAUACAAAGUUAAUUUGAUUGCAGAAAGUCCGCAAUAUCGAAUUGAUUGGCUUAAUCCAGGAAGUCGAACAAUUAAAGAAUUAAAUCAACCCGGUCCUGAUGAAAAACCAAGCCCAGAAUAUUUACAGUUGAUGAAAAUAUUCAACUGUAUUUCUAAAGGAAUUAUAAGUCGUAAUAUUUCUGUCUUUCACAAAACACUGGUUGGACUUUCUAAACAUUCAAAUGUCCAGCAUAUAUUAUCCUAUCUCGUUAAAUUUAUAGCUAAUAAUGUUGCCAAGACUAAUAAUGGUAAAACAGCUAGACAGUUGCUAUUGUCUAUCAGAGCGUUAUCAAAAAACAACUACUUACAAGUUACCAGUGAUAUCUAUGUAACUCCUUUAGUUAAAUCAGUUUUACACUGUAUUCUAAGAGGUUCCUCUGAUCAUUCUUAUCCAUCAUCUUCAUCUUCAUCUUCAUCUGCAACAUCUACCCUUGCCUCUGUUCUUACCUCAUCAUCUGUACCACCAACUCCGACAUUAAAUGGAACCAUUGAGGAUAAUAAUAACUGUUCUGACAGUUCGGAUACAUGGAGUCUGAAAUCAUUUGCCUCUUCGAUUCUAGUAGAUAUGUUCAAAGAAUGGUCUUCAUCUUUUGUUCACAACAAAUUUUACAAUCAUAUUAUAAGAGCUUUGGUAUCUUGUAUUUGUGACUCAUCUCAAUCAUAUGCAUCUCAUUAUGGAGCCAUAGUUGCAUUCACUCGUCUUGGUUUCGACUGUAUUAUAAAUCAUCUUUAUCCUUUUAUUGGAAGUUAUCUCAACGAGUUAUCUAUUUACCAAAAUGACAAUUUAAUAUCAACAUCUCACGAUGCAAUCGGUGCUCAACAAAUCCUUGGAGCUUGGCUUAAUUUGGCAGCAUUCUUGUUGAGGAAAUUUAGAGAGAUGGCUUUGGUUGAAAAUAACUUCCAAUUUCAACAUAUUGUUGGAGAGCUUCUAGAACAUUUUGGUGACUCUCUGGCCAUGCAAUUGCCUGCUGAUUUUCCCGAUCCUGAAAAGAUUUAUAUCAAAAAGCCACCACAACAAAUUAAAAUGCCAAUCGUGACAGGAGAAGAGCUUCUUGACACUUUCUACGACAACAAUAUAGGUGGAAGAGGAGGUGAAACUUUAUCUGAAGAUGAGGAACUAAGAAGCAAUGAUUCUAUUGAUGGUAAAUCUAACGAAAGUGAAAAAGAUUUCAAGAGACAUGAUGGAACUCAUCUGUUGGUCGAAAGUACGAUUAGUGAUCCUUCUUUAGGAGUUAAGUUAACAAUCAAGAAAAUAAGGCGUCAAAGGCGAUCAGUCGAUGAACAAUAUUCAUCUAAUGGAAAAUCGGGGCGUAAAUGGAAAAAACCUAAACUCCAAAAUUUCAUGGAAUGUUUUACAGAAGAAUGCGAAGAUCUGUUAUUAGAAAAAGUUCAAACUAAAGGUAACUUAUAUUCUCAUAGGAUGGUUAAGAAAACACUGUCAUUGCCAUAUCAGCCUACUUCUUGGUACCUUUUAUUAGCGUCACUACAAACUUUAAGUGAAUCGGUCACAUAAACAUGGCAUUAGAUGAAGAUGGGAUCUACGACUUCCACAAGGAUGAUUGAUAAAUUGAAGAUUGAAUUGAAAGCACUCCAUACUUCUUUACAUUCCAUACAAUUCAAUAUCAAAAUAUGGUAUGUCCAGAAGUAUGUGUCCUAAUCAAAUCACAAAGAUGUUGAACACUGUAAAACAAAAUGUAGAGAUACACUGGAUUCAUAGAGACAAUACAAUACAAGACGACAAUCACAGUUGAAAUUGACAGUUAAUAAGUUUCCUCUGUAUUUAUAUAUUUAAGAAAAGAUGGGAAACUCACUCGAA